AUGUCGAAAACCAAAGAAGACCCUAACGAGCUGGCUCCAGUCCCUUCCCAGACCGGGGAAGUUCGGGAUAUGCCCACCUAUGUGACCGAUGAUGUGUUUGGUGAAGUCACGGAGAAUGGUCCCAACUAUCGUAAUGUAGGAUGGAUAGGAACAGUGGCGCUCAUGAUGAAGUCCCAGAUCGGCCUUGGGGUCCUUUCCAUUCCAACCGCCUUUGACACGCUAGGGAUUGUCCCAGGCAUCAUCUGCCUCAUUGCUAUUGCCGUGAUCACGACCUGGUCGGAUUACAUGAUCGGUGUUUUCAAACUUCGUCAUCGUUCCGUCUAUAGCAUCGACGACGUUGGUGCGCUCAUCUUUGGUCGUGUUGGCCGUGAAUUUCUGGGGGCCGCCUUCUGCCUGUGUAUAACUAGCCGCCCACGUAUAGUGGAAGCCACUCGCUGA